UGUAACUUUCUACUUGUUCUUCAUCUUCCAUCCCUUUAAUUUUCUAGCAAGAAGUAGAACUCAACCUACAUUAGUUCCUCAAUUUGUGUGCAUGUCUGUCCAAAAAACUAUGUCAGAACCUUCUCCAUUGUCCCAAACACAAGAGGUCGGGGCAGAGACCAAGCGGAUCAUCAAUCCGCGAGUGGAAAUCGACACCUCGCCUCCAUUCGCGUCUGUACAGGAGGCUGUUACUCGUUUCGGCGGCAGUGGUUCAUGGAUACCGCUCCAUCUUCUCCGACUAGCUGCUCCUCAUCAGCAUAGCGCAGACAAUUUAGACAUGGAUAUGAUCGAAGAACAAGCUGCGGAAUUGGAAAGGUACUUGAUAGCCAGAGAAAGGGAGACCAUGAUUGUGUUGAAGCAAUUGGAAGAGACCAAGAGAUUUGUUGAGGAUGUGAAGCUCAAAUUUGCCAGAGAUCAAGUAUCUGAAUCAUUUGAAAGGCCUUCCCCUGGCUUAAUCUUGUUGGAGUUAAACCAGGCUAAACUUAACCUCCACAAGACUACGGAUGAUCUCGCCCUUCUUAGAACUUCUGUCGAAUCUCUUAGUCAAAAUGUGAACAGGAGGAAAGAGCAGAAGAAUUUGGAUUACAAUGGGGAAAAGGUUAUGAUAAAGCCAGCCAUAGCUAGUGGUAUGCGAAUAAUAAGUGAUCCCAAGAUCUCCUCAAAUGCUAAGAAGUUGAGUUUCGAAACAGAGCAGUUUAAGAACAUAGCAGAGGCUGCAAGGUAUGAGGUGAUGAAGGCAAUGGCAGAGAUAGAACAAACAAAGACAAGCAUAACAGUCGUUGAAAUGAGAUUGAUUGCAGCGCGGAAGAUGGAAGAGGCAGCAAAAGCAGUGGAAGCCGUAGCCUGCGCAGAAACGAGGCUUGUUCGACCGACCACAGAAAUCUUGCCGCCAAUAAUAGGUUUUUCAAGAAAAGUGGAUGAAAAAGUAACUCUUUCUAUUGAAGAAUACUCUUUUCUUACUCAAAAAGCUCAGGAGGCAGAGGAGCUGUUGUUGAAAAAGAGAUCUGUGGCCUGCCAUCACGAUAGGAAAACUCAUUUGAUUGAAGAAAAAGCUAAUUUCGAAAGAGUAAGAGGUGUCCACGAAGAAUUCAGGUCAAUGAAACAACCAUCAUAUCCAUCUCAUUCUCAUGGAAGUACUCGUCCGAAUUCAGAUCAACAAGAUGUUGAGUCGUCUUCAUCGUCAAUCAAGGGAAAAAGUGAGGCAAUGUUUAGUAGAUCAAGCAUUUCAAUAGGUGACGUGCUGAAUCAGAAGAAGCUGAUCGUACAAGACGAUAUUGUAGUGGAGAAACACAUUCAAGGUCAACACAUAAGGGAGCGACAACAAGUGUCUCUCAGCCAAAUGCUUCGCGAACAAACUGGACUCGUCAUGCAGCAUCAGAGCAAGACUGUGAAAGGAGGAACCAGUAGUAGUAGUAGUAGUAAUACUGGUCAUGGACAUAAGCAUUUCUUUGCACACCAUAGGAAGAAGUUUGGAUUCGUUGAUAUUGCCCUUCCCUUGGCCAAACAAAAUAAGAAAAAGAUGCAGCAGUAGCAGCAGGACCAUUCAAAAUAUUUGAUCAUAAUCUCUCCUGGGUCUCCAUCAGUUAUAUUAUAUAUGCUUGGUUCUUUUUCUUCAUUUCUGAGAUUGUUUUUUCGAUUUGUGUUUCAUGAGGGGUGCAAUGUACUUAUAUAGGCUUGCUUGUGUUGGGGAUUUAGAUUUUCCUUUUUAAGUAAAUCUUCUCUAUGGUUUGUAAGCUUCUUAUCACAAUUUUGUGUUUUUUUU